GACAGAUAAUAGAAAGGUAAAUCUUGCGGUCAGAUAACCAGAUUGAGGUCUCGAUAGAUUUCCCAAUAAAGUUGAAUAAUGAGAAGUUCCCUUUCAUUUUGAAUCGAUUUAUUGUGCUGUGAAGAACCGAAGUAGUAAAAAUGGCUACCAGGCGUGUUAUAGUUUAUGGAGGAAAAGGAGCAUUAGGUUCAACUUGUGUAUCUCAUUUCAAAUCCAAAAAUUUUUGGGUAGGAUCUAUCGAUAUGUCUGAGAAUAAAGAUGCAGACUUGAAUAUUUUAGUUGAGAAGGAUGCUGAUCUGGUGCAACAGGAAAGUUCAAUAUUGAAUUCUUUGAAAUCUGCCCUUGGGGAUGCCAAAUUGGAAGCUGUCAUUUGUGUUGCUGGAGGAUGGGCUGGAGGAAAUGCAAAGAAAGAUCUUGCCAAAACCGCCGAUCUGAUGUGGAGACAAAGUGUUUGGAGCUCUGUAAUCUCGGCAAGUAUUGCUGCGCAUCACUUGAAGGAAGGUGGAGUUGUCACCCUAACUGGUGCUAAGGCUGCUUUGGAAGGAACACCAGGAAUGAUUGGUUAUGGCUUAGCCAAAAGUGCUGUUCAUCAAUUAACCAAAUCUUUGGCUGGUAAAGACAGUGGUUUACCUCAGAAUUCAUUAGUGGUUUCUAUCUUGCCCAUUACUUUGGAUACUCCGAUGAAUAGAAAAUGGAUGCCCACUGCAGAUUUCACUUCAUGGACCCCACUAGAAUAUGUAGCAGGGAUGUUCCAUGAAUGGGUCGAGGAGAAAAAUCGUCCAGAAAAUGGCAGCUUACUUCAGCUCUCUACCAAAAAUUCUAAAACUGAAAUCAUUCCAGUACAGUAGGUGAAAAGGCAUACAUGUAUGUUAACCACAAAAACGACCAAUGGCAGAAAUCUAUAAAUUGAUGCAAACUAUGAGUUUUAUUUUGUUACAAGUGUUUAUAAAUUAUUUACAUGUUAGAUUUUGUUGAUUUACUUCAUAAUAAAGGAAUAUGAAACUAG